AUGAGCAGCAGCAUCUUCUUCUGCGUUCAAGUCGCUGAGUUGCAGGCUGCGGCGGGCGGGCGGGCACCCAGGCAAGAGAAGACCAUUGACGGUUCGACGGGCUGCAGGCCGGCGGCAGCCCUGAAGCAAGGGCCAGCCGCUGGGUCGAGCCUCGAAGUGAGGCCUGCGAGGUCUCACCGAUGCGGCGGUACCAAGCCUCCAAGCCGGACGACACGGCAACUUUUGAUAUCUUGGGCUCACCCACCACCCACGCCAGGCCCAGACAAUGCCAGCCAAUGCCAGCCACGGCAGUGA